GUAACCUCGGAAAUUUUAUCCGCGACACAUAUUUUUGUAUGACGUUAUCGCCUCAGCGGUCGUCUUUUCGCACGAAGAGUCGUCGGUUGCAGUGCGCUUCGCAGGGGCACGGAAAAUUGAUGUGACAAUAAUACGUAUACAAAACAGUAUAAUUUGUUCGAGUCGCGCGACACGGCCGAGCGCACUUCGUCGUCGUCGUCACCGUUCCCACUCCGACCGAAAAACGAGUCUUGUCUCUCGCACGGCCGCGCCGCAAUAAGAGUUUGAAGUGGAGUGUUUCGCUGCAGUUACGCGUACGUCAUUGAUAAUAAUAUUGUACACCGUCCGUUCUCGUUCGGCCGUACGCACUGCGCGCAAAAACCCACACGUUUUCGCAUCCGGAAAUCAGGCGAAUCUCUCUCGUACUUGGACGUUUUGAUAUUAAAUCGCUUCACGUCAUCGCGACACAUCCCGUCCAAAAGCUCGUGACCCGACGAAUAGUACGCCGUCACAAUCAUUAUUAUCGUAUCAUAUACUGUCGUGUUGAAAUCUGUUUCAGUGCAGUGCAAUCCGUCCGAUCAGCGAAUAGUGUAUCGCGAUUGCAGUUUUUACCUCCCACUAACUAUAUAUAUAUAUAUAUAUAUGCGUGUGUGUGUUUGUGUGUGUUAUUUGGUCACACGUCAGUAAAAUACGUGGCGGUCGAAUAGCGACCGGACACACCUGCACCCGCACUGCAAACACAUCCGAUCGUGACGACAUGGGCAUCGCGACAGCAGCGACCGUCGUUCGGUCCUGGCGACGCCGUUGACACAUCGCCCGUGUCACGUCCGCGGGUUGCUACGCAUUCACACCGGAAAUACGCGCCGACCUGCACUGCACACGUAGAUCGCGGAUCAAAACCCCGCAAGUGGAGGAUUUUUCUCCGUUUCCCGCUCGGUGCAUCAAAGUCCACCUACGGGCAUGUGCAUACCGACCGCCGCCGUGCAGUGCUACUCGGUCGCCGCGAUCUUCGCGGUGACCGGAGUGGCGGCCGUCAGCCGACAUCCGGUGACCGUAGUCGUGUCGUUCGACGGUUUCCGGCCCGAUUACAUCCAACCGGACGCGACGCCGACAAUGGCUCGGUUCCGGGACGCUUCCGCCGCGCCGCCGUACAUGCGCAGCGCGUUCCCCACGAAGACGUUCGUCAACCAUUUCACCAUGGCCACCGGAAUGCACCCCGAGACGCACGGCGUGCUCGACAAUUACAUGUUCGACCGGCACAACAAGACAAUGCACUACACGUACGAGCAGUUCCACUACGACGAUUCGCUGGUGCCUAUCUGGAUGCAAAACGAAUAUAAUGGCGAAGGACGGCAUAGCGGUGUUAUGAUGUGGCCCGGAUCCGAAUUUCCAUAUCAAAGCAAAAAUCCAACUUACACUGAAGUAUACAACAAUUCAAUACAUUGGAAUACCCGAAUAGAUACUAUUAUGUCAUGGAUCGAAGAUGAAAAUCGACCGGCUAAUCUUGUGUUUGCAUAUUUUGAAGAACCAGAUAGAACUGGUCAUAAAAAAGGAGUCAGCUCACAAGAAAUCAAAAAUCAAAUCGCUAGAGUAGAGAACACAGUCAAAUACAUGCUGGAACAAAUAAAUUAUAAAAAAUUAGAAAAGGAAAUAAACCUCAUAAUUCUUAGUGACCACGGAAUGGACACAGUUACAUAUGAUAGAAUUAUAUUUUUAGAUAAUUACGUAUCCAAUAUGACCUACAAAUCCAUUAUUACAGGUCCCAAUGCAUUUAUACUACCAAAUAUGGGAAAAUUUGACGAAGUUUUUACAAAUCUUUCAAACGGAGCCAAUAUAUCAAAUACAUUUUAUGUAUUUAAAAAAUAUCAAUUACCAGACCGUUGGCAUAUGAAGAAUAAUCCUAGAUUGAACGGAAUUAUUUAUUUGUUGGCAAAACCCGGUUACGCGUUUUGGUACAGUUUUUAUCAAACAAUUUUGGAUCAAACAACCAAGGAAAUGUUCAAAGUUGGGACCCACGGGUACGACAACGACGACCCUCAAAUGCGCGCACUUUUCAUAGGUUCAGGACCGAUGUUUAAGAGAAACUUCACCGCACUGCCAUUUGACAAUGUGGACCUGUACCCGCUGAUCAGCCACCUGUUGGCCUUAAAGCAGCCAACUAAUGACACUCCGCACGUGAACGGGACGAUAGCCGGCGUCGAACAGCUUUUAGUGUCGCCCAAGUCGUCAAGUGCCGACACGUUGUCGCCGCACAUUCUACCUACCAUAAUAGCAACAGUAAUUGAUACUAUGGUAAGGUUACCUAACCUAACCUUACCGUAAUCAAAUAUCCGGUCCGGUCGCUUGAUAUAUAAUAAUAUAGUGUAGCAUCGUCAAAAAAUCUAUUGAAUCCUCAGUGAAAUUAUUGAAGACGGAUUUUUUGUAAAUUUAUUAUUUUAAUCGUUAAGUAUAUAGAUGUUUCAUUUUAGUUGUUGAAUACAAUAAUGCUAAAUAAUAUUGAGUGAUUUAUAUUUUAUAUAAUACGUACAUUUUAA